CUAUUUAAUGAGGUGACUUCUGGUGGGCGAUAGAUUUGGGACUGGGAAACGGAGAUGCUGUGGUCGGGAUUGCUGUGCGUGGGCCUCUCGGCGCUGGCCGGCGCCAUCACAUGCCCGGACGGGGGUGCGUGCGCGGACGGGAGCGCUUGCUGCCGGACCGGUUCCGGUUCCGGUUCCAGAUAUGGCUGCUGUCCUCGCUCUCUUCCCAUGGUCCGAGCCUCUGCUGGGAAUGACCGGAACGACACUGUCUGUGCCAACGGCUCGCGCUGCCCUUCCGAAUAUUCCUGUCUGAAAUCCCACGGUCUGUACGAGUGCUGCCCCCUGCCCCAGGGUGUCUCCUGUUCAGAUGGGAAACACUGCUGCCCGGAGCACCACCAGUGUGGUGAGGAUGGACAUACCUGCAUUGAGGCAAAAGCUGUCCAAGCUCUCGGGGAGACCUCCGAGGUGAAGGUGACCUCCGUCACCUGUCCAGACGGAAGGGCGUGCCCCGAUCAAAAUACCUGCUGCCAGCUUCGCAGCGGCUCUUAUGGCUGCUGUCCCUACCCUGACGCUGUUUGCUGCAGUGACCAGCUGCACUGCUGCCCGUCUGGCACCACGUGCGACCUGGAGCACAACACCUGCCAGUCCGCCGACUCGCGAACCUCAUUGGCUAGGACGAAUCCGACGAGCAGUGACGUGGGGGACGUGCCAUGUGACUCCACCCACGCCUGUCCCGAUGGCGCCACCUGCUGCAAGACUGCAGGAGGGGACUGGGCCUGCUGCCCCCUGCCUGAGGCAGUGUGCUGUGACGAUCACACGCACUGCUGCCCCAAGGACACCACCUGCGACACGGCCGCCGGCACCUGUAACGACGGCAUGCGCUCCGUGCCCUGGCUGGAGAAGGUGCCCUCUCUGACCCACCGCCCAAAUAAAGAGGGGAACGUGCCAUGUGACUCCACCCACGCCUGUCCCGAUGGCACCACCUGCUGCAAGACUGCAGGAGGGGACUGGGCCUGCUGCCCCCUGCCUGAGGCAGUGUGCUGUGACGAUCACACCCACUGCUGCCCCAAGGACACCACCUGCGACACGGCCGCCGGUCGCUGUAACGACGGCAUGCGCUCCGUGCCCUGGCUGGAGAAGGUGCCCUCUCUGACCCACCGCCCAAAUAAUGAGGGGAACGUGUCAUGUGACUCCACCCACGCCUGUCCCGAUGGCACCACCUGCUGCAAGACUGCAGAAGGGGACUGGGCCUGCUGCCCCCUGCCUGAGGCAGUGUGCUGUGACGAUCACACCCACUGCUGCCCCAAGGACACCACCUGCGACACGGCCGCCGGCACCUGUAACGACGGCAUGCGCUCCGUGCCCUGGCUGGAGAAGGUGCCCUCUCUGACCCACCGCCCAAAUAAAGAGGGGAACGUGCCAUGUGACUCCACCCACGCCUGUCCCGAUGGCACCACCUGCUGCAAGACUGCAGGAGGGGACUGGGCCUGCUGCCCCCUGCCUGAGGCAGUGUGCUGUGACGAUCACACGCACUGCUGCCCCAAGGACACCACCUGCGACACGGCCGCCGGCACCUGUAACGACGGCAUGCGCUCCGUGCCCUGGCUGGAGAAGGUGCCCUCUCUGACCCACCGCCCAAAUAAAGAGGGGAACGUGCCAUGUGACUCCACCCACGCCUGUCCCGAUGGCACCACCUGCUGCAAGACUGCAGGAGGGGACUGGGCCUGCUGCCCCCUGCCUGAGGCAGUGUGCUGUGACGAUCACACCCACUGCUGCCCCAAGGACACCACCUGCGACACGGCCGCCGGCACCUGUAACGACGGCAUGCGCUCCGUGCCCUGGCUGGAGAAGGUGCCCUCCCUGACCCACCGCCCAAAUAAAGAGGGGAACGUGCCAUGUGACUCCACCCACUCCUGUCCCGAUGGCACCACCUGCUGCAAGACUGCAGGAGGGGACUGGGCCUGCUGCCCCCUGCCUCAGGCAGUGUGCUGUGACGAUCACACCCACUGCUGCCCCAAGGACACCACCUGCGACACGGCCGCCGGUCGCUGUAACGACGGCAUGCGCUCCGUGCCCUGGCUGGAGAAGGUGCCCUCUCUGACCCACCGCCCAAAUAAAGAGGGGAACGUGCCAUGUGACUCCACCCACUCCUGUCCCGAUGGCACCACCUGCUGCAAGACUGCAGGAGGGGACUGGGCCUGCUGCCCCCUGCCUGAGGCAGUGUGCUGUGACGAUCACACCCACUGCUGCCCCAAGGACACCACCUGCGACACGGCCGCCGGCACCUGUAACGACGGCAUGCGCUCCGUGCCCUGGCUGGAGAAGGUGCCCUCUCUGACCCACCGCCCAAAUAAAGAGGGGAACGUGCCAUGUAACUCCACCCACGCCUGUCCCGAUGGCACCACCUGCUGCAAGACUGCAGGAGGGGACUGGGCCUGCUGCCCCCUGCCUCAGGCAGUGUGCUGUGACGAUCACACCCACUGCUGCCCCAAGGACACCACCUGCGACACGGCCGCCGGCACCUGUAACGACGGCAUGCGCUCCGUGCCCUGGCUGGAGAAGGUGCCCUCUCUGACCCACCGCCCAAAUAAAGAGGGGAACGUGCCAUGUAACUCCACCCACGCCUGUCCCGAUGGCACCACCUGCUGCAAGACUGCAGGAGGGGACUGGGCCUGCUGCCCCCUGCCUCAGGCAGUGUGCUGUUACGAUCACAUCCACUGCUGCCCCAAGGACACCACCUGCGACACGGCCGCCGGCACCUGUAACGACGGCAUGCGCUCCGUGCCCUGGCUGGAGAAGGUGCCCUCUCUGACCCACCGCCCAAAUAAAGAGGGGAACGUGCCAUGUGACUCCACCCACGCCUGUCCCGAUGGCACCACCUGCUGCAAGACUGCAGGAGGGGACUGGGCCUGCUGCCCCCUGCCUGAGGCAGUGUGCUGUGACGAUCACAUCCACUGCUGCCCCAAGGACACCACCUGCGACACGGCCGCCGGUCGCUGUAACGACGGCAUGCGCUCCGUGCCCUGGCUGGAGAAGGUGCCCUCUCUGACCCACCGCCCAAAUAAAGAGGGGAACGUGCCAUGUAACUCCACCCACGCCUGUCCCGAUGGCACCACCUGCUGCAAGACUGCAGGAGGGGACUGGGCCUGCUGCCCCCUGCCUGAGGCAGUGUGCUGUGACGAUCACAUCCACUGCUGCCCCAAGGGCACCACCUGCAAUUUGGCCGCCAGCACCUGUGACGACGGCAUGCGCUCCGUGCCCUGGCUGGAGAAGGUGCCGGCUCUCUCUCGCAUGCACCGAGGGGCCAAAAUGAGGGCCCCCCAGCUGCAGAAGGUCCCCUGCGACGCCACCGUCCGCUGUCCCGAUAGCAACACCUGCUGUUUCAUGAAGAGUCUCCGUCGAUGGGGCUGCUGCCCUCUUCCUAACGCGGUGUGCUGUGCCGAUGGGACAUACUGCUGUCCCAGCGGCUACACCUGCGGCCCCACCGCCAGGUCCUGUUCCAGAUCGGGAGAGCCUCGCUGGGACAGUCGCCUCUUCAGGAGGCGACUUUAAUUCGCCUGUGAUGCUGAGCCAAUCCGACCCCAACGCCCUGCUCGCCACGGCGACGAUCGAUGCUACGCGACACGCCAUUGGACAUUCUCACCCACAACAUACACUCCACAGCCAUAAACCUACGCAACAGGGCAUGGGAAAUUGUCAAUAAUAAUAAUAAUAAUAAUAAUAACAGUGAUGAUGAUAACAAUCUAUUUGUAUAUGUAUGUUGUAUCAUUUUAAACAGGGUGCACACAUUAUGUCAGGAGUGUUACGAAUGUAUAAAGCAACUAUAAAUCAAAGUACUGCUUCGUAAAAUGAAGGAAAAGGAGUAUAUGGAACAUUUUAAAUGUCAAAAAUGAAGCUUAAAAAAGGCUUAGAAAUGUACGAAAACUGGGUGUAUUUUAUUUUUUGCUACAAAUCAUAUCAGCCUAUCGGUAAAUUUGAAAUAUAUUAUCUCUGAGAUUACUGGAUGAAUCUUGAAUGAAAUUUUGGGAAUAUGGCACAGGUGCAAUUUUGGCACGGGGGGGUGUUUUUAAAAAUAAAAAUGAUUCCUGCUGAUGUCAA